CUAGUUCUGAACAGUAAAUGAUAAUUUUGCUAGCAGUCGAACAAAAUUCAGAGUUCAUCAACAAAUUUUUUUUUAUCAUCUCUUCGAUUCAUCAAUAAUGAAGAAAUCUUAAAAAUGUUUAAGUGAGUCGUGUGUUGUGGGACUCUGUGCUUCAGUUUCGAUUUUUUUUUUUUAAAUUGCAUUUGAGUUCUUUCACCAUCUUUCUAAUUUGCGAGCUUAGAUUGGCCGUCUUUAUUCACAUCUCGGCUCUUCAGAAACAAUUUUAUUAUUCGAUUGGUUCUGAGAUUGAAUAAUUAUCUUACAAGGAAAUAUUCUUACUCGAAUUGUUCUGUUUGAGGAGUAGUGUUUGGUGCUAUUACUAUGUCGGGGACACAAGGGUGGAGCCCUCUGCAAGAAGAGGCAAUUUUAGAUUCCAUAGUGAGCGAAAACAGCGACGAUGAGUAUGAUUCCGACAACACAAAUUUGCCUGAAGCGGUUGUGGAGGCUAUGGCUGCACGUAACGAGAUUCUCGCAAAGAAGAAUCAAUUGAUGAGACGGAUGAUGGAGCGCGAGCAAGCAUAUAGCAUAGAGCGUGUGGUUGAGAUCCUAGAUGGUUUGCCUGGAGUGAGGAAGUGGUCUCCCUUUUAUUGUGCAGCCCUUGAUCAUUUGAUAGCUGGUGCAGCAAAUAGACAAGGGCUUAUAGCGUUUCCUAGCGCUGAAGAUAAGAUUCGCUAUUUAGAACACAGGAUUAAAAGAAAGCUUGAUGUUUGAAUGUUUUUGUGAGUUUUGGUUUAUGUUUGGGUGUACGGCCUUUAGUGUUAUUGACGAUCAUGUUAGAUUAUGACUUUGGUUUAUGUUACACUUGUUGUCUCACGUCUAUUAGUACAUGACUUAUUAUCA